GGAUUAUCGUGAGGAAGAUCAGUUGCUCUACAGACAUGGCGGCGGAAAAGGAAAGUGCGGUGAAAGAAUUUGAACAAGAGUUUAACUUACUCUGUAGUCAUGAAAAGCUUAACAGAGACAAAGGAUAUGCACUCCUUCAAGCAAAGCUCUCAAAUGGCGAUCAGCUAGAUUCAGACCUUCUCCAGAAGUUUGAAGAAACCAUCACUAAAGAACUUCGUGGCGAUUCUUCACAAUGGGAGGUCAAAUUUGGGAGUUUGGAAGCGGCCAAGUUGUUGGUAGAAAGUAAGCGAAUUGUCGGUGAUUUUCAAGAAGAAGUGAAGUAUAUUGCCUUGGAAUUGCUUACGCAUGAAGAAUUUAGAGUUCGUAUAGCUGCAGGCGAACUUCUUGGAGCAUUGUGUAAACAUGUUAGUCCAAAUGUUUACAAGUUCUGUGAGAAGGAACUCGUCAAAAGUAUCAAAGAGAAUCUGGAACGGCAUAUACCACCUGAUGAGAACAAGAUUGAUAUUGAAGCAAUUAAAGAUGCAAAAGACAUUUUUCAUGACACAGCAGGUUGGAAAUGCUUGGAAACAAGCAUGAAAGGCUUGAAAUGUGUAAUUGAAGGCUGCCAAGAGUCGUUUAUGCUUUUUUUAACCCAAAACUUGCUAGAUCUAAUUUUUGAAACCUUGAAGCAUACAAACAGAUUUGUCAGGGAAACUGGAUACUAUGUAUGCUCAGCUCUGGUGCGAUAUGGAGUGAGAUCAUCAUCAAAGUUUUCAGAUCAAAUUAAGGACUUUGGCAAGCAGCUAGCCCUUCAUCUCAGUGAAGGUCUGUCUGACAACUGGAGUCAAGUUAGAAUGGCUGCUUCUGUAGCAACAAGAGAAUUUUUUCAAGAUGUAACUGAAGAAGACCGAGAUCAGUAUUAUUCAUUACUGCUACCUCCAAUGUGUUUAAAUAGGUAUUAUUUAGCUGAAGGUGUGAGGCUGUUCAACCAGCAGACCUGGAAGCAAGUAGUUGGGGAACAAGGAAAAGAACUUGUUGGAAAGCAUUUGAAAAACGUUGUUGAAUUUUAUGUUUCACAAACACUUUCUGAUAACCAUGCAGUAAGGGAAGCUGCAUGCCAUUGCAUGGCAGAAUUAGCAUCAAAGAUUGAAUCGGAAGCAGUAAUGCCCUAUGUUUCAACCUUAUUAAAUGCAUUGCUUGUCUGCUUUAAAGAUGAAAGUUGGCCAGUGAGAGACACAGCAUGUGUCGCUUGUGGAAGUUUUGUGAAGUCAUUUCCUGAUGAAUGCCGUUCUACUAUGCCUGAGCUUUAUCCUCUGUUUUUUAACAACCUCUCUGAUCCAAUACCAUCUGUUAGACAGGGAGCUGCUAUUGCAUUAGCCAAUAUAGCCCAGGCUUAUGGUGCAGAAGCUGUUGAUAAGAUAUUUGAGACAGUGAAAAAAGGCCUGACUUUGGUUGAAAAACAACAAGACAAUGCAGAUCGCUUUGCUAGUUUAGAGAAGGGUCUAACAACCUAUGGGGUGGCAAAGCGAAUCAGAGCAAAUGAUGAUGACCUGCACACUAAUCAACAGAUGUAUUCUUGUGGGUCUCUUGCACCAAAAAUGGGAAGAGGUGGUGGUGGUUGCUCUAAUCAUUCCUUCAAAAGGGAUUCACAGCCAUGGGAAAUGACUGAUGGAUGUAUCUAUGCUCUUGCUGAACUGUCCACCAACAAGUUGGCAGUAAAAGAUGUGAUGGAAUGUAUUCCAUUAUUGUCCAAAGCUGCAUCAUUUCGACAUUACACUCAGCACUUCCAUUUGUUGGAAACAUUGUGCUCCAAGCUACCAGCUAUUGCUGAAGGCAUUGGUAAAAGAACAUUCAAGAUGUACCUGGAGACAUUUUUUGAUGCAAUAUUUGAUUCUCUUGGAAGUGACAACCAGUUGACUAGUGCUGCUGCAGAAGAUUGCCUUAUUAAACUAAGUGCUCUUUUGGGGCAAAACAUUAUGAGGGGGCGAGUUGAGAAUUAUCACCCUCAUUAUGUAGAGCAACUUGAUUCUGUGAUCAAUAAAGGCAAGCCAUGGCCAUGAUUCUGGUUGUGGAAUUUCCUGCCACACUUAUAUGAUAUACAAGGACAAAUUCUUUCACUGUGCUUAACAAAUAAUCAAGACAAUAAGAUGCACUGACAUAUUCAGAGGAGCUUGUACUGAUAUAAAACAGGAAAAUCCAAAUUAUUGUUUCUUCUUGCAUUCCCUUUUCAAGUCCGCGGUACACAGCUAUUUCAGAUAGUCUUAAUUGUAAAAUAUUCUUUUGCUGUCAAUAGAGCAAUUUUGCCCCUAGACUAACGCCAACUUUAUAUCUCUGUAAGUAAAUUGGCGACAUGGACAAAUAACUAAGGAUAUAAACCCAGGCACCAAAGAUUGCCAUCCACUGACAAGUUGCCUGCUUGACUACCAACCUUUAAUUUGCAAAUUCAGCAAGGAAGUUUUUUACAAUUAAAAAUUUGAGAAAAUUGAAGAAGAGAAGCCAAACUUUGAAGGACUAGGUUGAUCUACUUCUAAUGGGUUCCAUUCUGUUCAUUGUAAUUAAAAAUGAUCCUACAAAAUUAUACCUCAUAGAUAAAUGCAAACAGAAAGGUGAAUUUAUUUCCUGCCUUACUUUCUUGCAGAAGAAAUAAACUUUCAACAUCCUUUCUGCUUUUUUACCGACUUAGUCUUAGUCUUAUGCUUGAACCUUGAUAUAAAACAUAGUGCUUUAGAAAUGCUUGAAAUUCUAAAACAUUUAAUUACCUACUGAGACUUCUGCAGCCAAAGCUUAUAAACAAAUGAAUACCAUU